AUGACUUCAACUGUUCUUGUGACUGGAGCCAGCGGACUCCUCGGACGCCAGAUGUUCAACACUUUCCAGCAUUCAGGUGUGCUGGUAGUUGGGCAGGGUUUCUCCCGCGCGACCCCGCCAACCAUCCUCAAGGCAGACCUGGAGAAAUCGGAGGAGAUUAAGAAUCUCCUGGACGAAGUCAAGCCCCAGAUUGUCAUCCAUUGUGCGGCAAACAAGUCCCCAGACCUAUGUGACAAGAACCCUGAGCAAGCGCGCAAGGUCAAUGUCGAGGCUACCCGGUCGUUGGCACAGGAAUGCUCGUCGCGCGGGGCAUUCUUGAUCUACAUCUCGACCGACUACGUCUUCCCGGGAGCUGAAGGUGAGGCGCCCUAUGAAACAGACGCGGAAACUCGACCGCCGAAUCUGUACGGGCAGCUCAAGCGGGACGGGGAAUUGGCCGUCUUGGAGGCCACCCGCGACACGGGAGUCGGGGUGGUGCUGCGUGUCCCGGUACUGUACGGAUCCGCAAAAGAGAACUCGGAGAGUGCAGUGAACACCCUGGUGGACGCGGUCAAGAAAUCACAGGAUGAAAAUGCCGGUAUCAAAAUGGACGACUGGUCCCAGCGGUACCCGACCAACACCGAGGACGUGGCGCGGGUGUGCCGCGACAUUGUCAUCAAGUAUCUGCGGGAAAAACGCAGGAUAAAGGAGUUUCCACACAUCCUGCAGUUCACUUCUGAGGACCGCAUGACCAAGUAUGAGAUUUGCGAGAAGCUCGCCGAGGUGCUCGGGGUGUCGAUUCCCGGCAUGAUUCGCAACAAGCAAGGGAAUGACCCCAACGCUGGUGCCCAGCGGCCAUAUGACACGCAUCUCUCGACCAAAGCCUUGACGGAGCUUGGUAUUGAUGUGCGGACAAUGGAUUUUGUUGCGUGGUGGCGCAAACAGUUGGAGACCAAUCGGUAG